AACCUACACCUCGCAGGCAGUGCACGCCGAACCAGCGCUAGAAAAGCAGCGCCCGCGCAACCAAACAAAACACACUAUAAAACCGUCAAAACUAUCAACAAAUAGAAUCCUUCUUUCGAAUUUUGAAAAUCGAAUUUCUUUCCGCCAUUUUGUGUGAUCAGCUGUUGCAUUGUAAGGAUCUAGUUAACUGUCACAAGGACAGCAGAUUUUAGUAUUGUGUUCAAAUGAGAUGACCUUUUGAGGAUAUUUAUACGAUUUAUUACAAUAGUGGAGUGAAAAGUCAUCACAAAAAUGUCUCCUUUAAAGCUAGUUUUAUGCCUUGGGCUGGUUCACAUGGUUUAUGCCAAAGGUACCCCCUCGCGAGUGGAAUGCUCCCCGAAUAUGAUGAAGGUGACAGUGCCCAUGGACGGAGACAGGAAAAUGACAUACCUGGAUAAGAUGAAAUACUACAAGCCAUGCGUCCCGACGAUGGACGGCGAUACGGCCAGCUACUCACUGGACCUGCAGGAGCCGUUCACCUGCGGCGUCUACAAGGUCCUCAACAAGAUCACUGGAACAGUGACAUACUACCACAAGAUCGUCAUAGAAGACACUCUGGGCGGGCGGGAGGUGGUGACGGCGCGGUGCGUGCAGCCUCCGCCCAGGAACAAGAGAGAGGUCGGCCCCACCUUCCCGCUCGACUUCAAUGAGCCAGACGAACUGAACAUCACCCGGUACGAGGAGGGGCACGCGCCUGAGCCCAUCCUGGGGGCUGUCGUCAAGCAAAACGGAAAGGAGGUGUCAGGCGAGAUCUCAGUGAGCCCGGGCACGCCGCUGGCCAUGGACAUCUUCCUGGACAACUCAUCCGCGCCCGUGUACGGGCUGUCCGUCGGGUACAUGCAUGUUACGGAUACUGGAGCCAUGCAGGAGACUAUUAUAUUGAACGGCUGCUCCGUAGACCCUUACCUCUUCGACAACUUCAUCACGACCACCGGCGACGUGCUGACGGCCAAGUUCAGAGCGUUCAAGUUCCCCGACACCACGUACGUGCAGUUCAGGGGCACUGUGACGGUGUGCCUGGAUAAGUGUCAGGGGGUGCAAUGCAGCAACGGCGUGACGGGCUACGGGCGGCGGCGGCGCGCCAUCGCCGGCACUGCCUCUAACAAGGUCUACGAGGUGUCUCUGACCACCUUCAUCAAGGUGGACUGGACUGACGGGGAGAAGGAAGCCGAAGACGUACUAGGCCUUCUGAAGAACCUGCAAAUCGCCAACCAAGUACUAGGAGACAAGGAAGGCACCCAAGCUACCAUAGUUGAGAAGCCACACCCCUGGUCACAUCAUAACCUGACUGUCCACACGAGUGGCAGCCCUAGAAAUUAUGUGAAUUACUUUAUGUUGUUAGUACUGAGUUGUGUGAGUGUUUUGCUGAAAUGAGAAGGUUUGAUCUCUGAAAUUAUAAUGUAUGUCCUAUGAAGCUAACUUUGCUAUACAAACAGGUGUAACACAAAAAUACUUUUUACCUUGUACAAUACAGGGUGUUGCAAAAAGGGUAUACUAAGCCGAAACCAGCAUGUACAGCAUGUUAUAUCUAAGCCCGAAUGUGAAAACAGAAUUUCAAAAUUCGCUAAAAAAAAAUCAUUCUUCACAGUAAAAAGUUACGUGACCAACUAAGUUUCUAUGGAAAAUGAUUUUUUUUACGUUUUUGCAACACCCUGUAUAGCAUGUGGCCUAUUAACAGUUGUCAUCCAUACAUUUUGUCAUAGGACUCAAAGUAUAGCCAAGAUUGGACCAUGCAAUACCUUAACUCUACGUUUCGAAAUGAAAUAGCAGCCAGUUUCUGAAUGGAUAUUUCAAAGACUUAAAUUUAUAUUUUAAGUAGGUAAUAAUAAUGGAAAUUCUCAAAAUAUUUGGAAACUGGCCGCUUGAGCAAUACUUACCUUAUUUUAAAUAUACCUACCGUGAUGUAGAACUAAUAAAUUUAAUUCUUUACUUUCUAUUUUAAGUGCCUCAUCUAAUUAUUUUUGAUAGAAAUAAUUUAAUAACGAAUAAUAAUGCUCAACGCAUUUAAGUCCACUAGUCUUAAAUUAAAUAGAUAAAAAAAUGUUUACCACAGAUUUACCUAAACUACAUAAUUCCGUCCAAUUAUUAUAUUUUCUUGCUACUCUCUAUUGUAACAAAAAAAAUAUACUUGUUAUGUAAUGUGCCUACGUUUUUACUGAGUCCUUAGUGCGAGUUUUCGACUGGACCGGCGUAAAGUUAAAACCAUUAAUAGUGAGUUAGUUUAGUUAAUUUGUCCCUAGAUGGCGUCACUGCCACACUUUACAUAAACUAAAGUUUACCUUUUGACAAUUGAGUAGUCACAAAACUCACUUUGUGUCCUUAGAUUAUGUUUGAAGAUAAUAAUAAUAAAUAUUUCAACAUAUUACCAUAAAAGUAUUUUGGUAUAAGUGAUUGGUAAUAUAUAUUGAAUUUCUUAUCUAGGCCAUACAUAACCUUCCGUCUAUAUCUUAUAACACUAUGGUGCUUUUUACUUUUGUAAUUAAUAACAAUACUUAAUAUGACAUUAAGAGCUUCUUGUAAUUAAAAGCAAUAAAAUCAAUGACAUCGAAA